AUGAGACUUUUCGAAAAUACGUACGAAUUCUCAUAUCCGUGGGAGCAGGUAACUGCAGCUAACUGGAAAAAAUAUCCUAAUGAAGUUUCCACUCAUGUGGUUGCAGUCGAUGUAUUGAGACGAGAGCUGCAUGAUUCUGGCAAGAAACUUAAGAGUGAAAGACUAAUAACUGUGAAGCAGUCUGUUCCUAAAUGGUUACUCAUGAUGGUUGGUGGGACAAAUGUGAGCUACGUUCGCGAAGUUUCCGUUGUAGAUUUAGAUGAUAAGACGCUGACGCUGCGCAGCUGCAACUUGACUUGCGCCAACCUACUGAGGGUCUAUGAAACUGUAACAUACAAGCCAAACCCUGAUGAUCCUAUGAGGACAAUUUUUGAGCAGGAGGCGCAAAUCACAGCCUACGCUUCGAUCACGAAGCUGUGUAAUAAGAUUGAAGAAUGGUCAGUCAAGAGAUUUCAUGACAACGCUCAAAAGGGCAAAAAAGGUUUUGAUUCAGUUUUACAGAUUCUCAGCGAGCAUUGGGAGCAAAGAGACAAGUACGUUGAUGAUUUUGGAAAUAGUAUUGUUGAUAAGGUUAAUGAUACUGUUGACGACCUCAAGAUUACAACUGAAAAUUUGAUCAAGGAAACGGAAAAAAAAUCAUCCAUUUUGAAUCAGUAUUACAGACAGAUCCAAAGCGCAUUCAGCAAAACUGCAUGA